GCCCUGUCGGAUCCUGGGAUCAUGCCACGACAGAAGGAUUUCACCGAGCACUAUGACGAACGCGCCAAGGUGUGGCGCACGCGUGAACCGCAGCGUUUUUACGAUGUGCUGCUGCGUGGGCAUCCGCCACUUGACUCAGGAGGAAGCUGUGUAUAA